AUGUCAGCUCCCAAAUCUUCUAGUAGUGGAAGCCUAUCGGGAGAGGACGAGGAUUGUGGAAUCCUAGUGUCAGCUGCUUGUUGUGGAGAAGCGUCUGAAUUUGUCAUUCACCAGGAGGUCCAUGAAUGGGAUUUUUUGAAGAGUAUUGUGCAUGGUGGUUUAGUGGAGUCAAUUACAAGUUUAGGGGUAGUGUCUUCUGCAGCAGGUGCCGGAGCCACCACAUUGAGCAUUUUGGUUUUGGGACUGGUAAAUUUGAUAGGUGGACUUUUAAUCUUCUGUCACAAUCUUAGAGAAUUGAAAAAUGAGCGACAUCAAUGGUAUGAAGACGAAGGUCAAUAUCAAAAACUACUUGGACGAAGAGGAAACUUCCCACUUCAGGCAAGCUUAGCAGUCAUAUCCUUCCUCUUUUUUGGGUUGCUGCCACCUGUAAUCUAUGGCUUCUCAUUUCGUGAAAGUGACAAUAAGGACCUGAAACUAGCAGUUGUUCUGGGUGUAUCUCUUAUAUGCAUUAUUCUACUUGUUAUUGCUAAGUGUCAUGUUAAUAAGUCACCCUCAAAAUCUUAUAUCAAAACAAUACUAUACUACUUAAGCACAGGGGUUGUGGUAUCUUGUGUGUCGUAUUUAGCUGGAGAGCUAAUUAAAGAUUUCUUGGAAAAGUUGGGCUGGUUCGACUCAACUUCGGCCAUUUCCAUAUCAUCUAUAGAAACGUCUAAACCAAUGGAAUCUACCUGGGCAUCCUAUUGA